AUGAGUAACGAGUCGGCAGAGAUGCUUGCUUCGCAGCUCCUGACGGAGCAUCUUGGUUUUCAGCCUAUCUCCGUGAUUGACGACAUUAUCAACAUGAUCAAUGAAAUUAUGUAUCGAUGUACAGAGCAAUUGGAGCUGGCUUUGAUUCAAAAAAAAUUCGAUAAAGAGGAGGAGGAAAAACAGCAGCAAGAGCGCGUCUUGCAUUCACGCAACGAUGAUGACGACGUGAUAGUCAACGAGGAAGAGAUACAAGAACAAACAAAUGCGGGUUUUAGCUACACUGUGGAAGACAUACAGAAGGGAACAGCCACUCUAGAAUCUUUGAUGGAGCAUGUGAUCAACAAGAACUUCGACAAGUUCGAGGUGUAUGCGAUGAGGAAUAUACUGAAUAUACCGGAGGACCUUGUUGCUGGAGGAUUUGUGCGAUUAAAACACCAUCGUGGGAUGGAAAUACGUGAUAAUAUAUCUGAGGAAGCACAAAAACUGGAUUCUGAGUACGAGCGACUUGUGCGCGAGCUGGAAACUGAAAUCAUCGUCAAUAAGGUUUUGAACCAAAUGCUCUCCAAGUUCAGAUAUUUGCUGGACUACUCGAGAAAGCUCAAGGCAGAGCUGUCUUUUAUCGACCUAAAAUCGGAGGAGUCUCUAAAUGGUGAAACCGGAGCUAUCCUCGAGAAACUGACCCCUUUAAAGGAAACUUACAAGUUUUUGAUCAACGAAGUAAAGUAUGUGUAUGACAAAGUGGAAUCCAUGAAGGAAAUUUUGAAUGACCCAAAAAUAGUUGCAUUUGAUCACUCCGAGGAAGAUAGGUAUUUGAAUGGACGCAUCAAGGGAAUCCUAGAAGAGCUGGGUUUGACGAAAGUCGAUAAGAGUUCUGAGUCAAAUCCCCAAGUCCAGCUAGAUCUGGUGCAAAAAUUGAACAAUUUCUUGGAUAAGGAGUUACAGUGA